AUAUAAUAUAAUAAAGAUGUGGUACAACUAUUUAAGAAGGGAUCAGCCCUAUUUGCGCUCAUACAGGACCCAUAACUUGUGGCUCGACCAAUAUCAUGUAAAGAUCAGGACCCAGAGGCACACCCCAUUCCAUAUUAACUUUUUCAAGAGGAUGGCAAAGACCUACUCAGGAAACAGAGUUAUGGCCAACCUAUGGGGAAUUACAUUCAUUGGAAUCGUUAAGUUCCUGCUGUCAUUUAAGGAGAAGGCAGAAGAAGACAAGACCCAAGCUGAGAUGUACAAUAGGCUCCAGACUAUUUAUUCUAAGAACAAAUUUGGCUUCCAGACCAGAAUCAUGAGUGACUUCGAUCUCUUGCUUGAGGCAGCAUUGAACGAAAGAUUUAUUGAUGAGUCCACUGGCUAUUAUGAUGACCCUAUCUUCCAAAAGGAAAUCGAGGAUGUAGAAGCUGGUCUCACUUCUGAUAUGAGUGAGUCUGAUAUCAACCAUGCUAUGAGAGAUCCUGAUGAUGGUCACCACGGAGGUGCUAAAUGUACAAGACUUCCAGGGAGAUGGCCAAGCAAUUAUGAGAAGACUGAUGCUUUGUCUAUCUAUAAAGUAUUACCAAAGGGACAAAGGGAAGCAUAAUUACUCACAUAUUCUAAGUCUCUGAAGGAGAUAUAACUCAAUAUU